CUUUACACUGCCAUAGAUCUUCGUCGGUCCAAAGGUUGCUCACUUUAUCGUUAUGUGUGAACGAAAUCAUUAUUACUUCAAUAUGUCCGUUAAUAAGUAGCUUAUCCCGGAUAUCCAUUUUUAAUUACCGUGCUUUGAAACAAGCAUCUAACCCGGGUUCGAAUCUCAGCAGAUUCGGAAGAGUAAAAUCUUUGUUUAUGUUUGUGAAUGGUUUGAAUUCCUGACCAAAAUUGGUUCUCUUGUUCUGUUUAUUAAUGGCAAUGGCACGGUCAUUGCUGGGAAAACCAGAUCCAAUGGAUGUACUAUCGAAUUCGUGGUAUCAUCUGAGGCUUUCGGUGAGGCAUCCGCAGAGAGUGCCGACAUGGGAUGCCAUAAUUUUAACAGCGGCGAGUCCAGAGCAGGCGGAACUGUAUGAGUGGCAAUUGAGGAGAGCCAAGAGAAUGGAGCGCAUUGCUCACAGUACCAUCACAAUGGCUGUCCCUGAUCCGCACGGUGCUCGCAUUGGCUCUGGCGCAGCUACACUCUCUGCAAUUCAAGCCCUCGCCGAUCACAUCGCCCAACAUGAUGAACCCCAGGGGUCUUUAUACAAUGACAAAGAUCCAUAUGAUUCAAGUAUUUACAAUAAACUGGUUAAAAUGCGCAUUCUUCUACUUCAUGCUGGCGGAGAUUCUAAACGUGUUCCAUGGGCAAAUCCAAUGGGGAAAGUUUUUCUACCCCUACCUUACUUGGCAGAUGAGGAUCCUGAUGGCCCAGUUCCAUUGUUGUUUGAUCAUAUACUUGCAGUCUCUUCUUGUGUGGUGCAAGCAUUCAAGGAUAAAGGUGGACUUUUCAUUAUGACUGGAGAUGUUCUCCCCUGCUUUGAUUCAUCAAGUAUGGUGUUUCCAGAUGAUGGAGCUUGUGUUGUCACUGUCCCAAUAACACUUGAUAUUGCUAGAAAUCAUGGUGUUAUCGUUUUAUCAUCUACUAACACAAGUGUAAGCAACAGUGACAAAAAGUUGCAUUUAGUUGAAAAUAUUUUGCAGAAACCUGGUUUAAAGGAGCUUAUAAAUAAUGGGGCAGUAAGAUCCGAUGGUAGAGCACUGCUUGAUACAGGCAUCUUUGCAAUCAGAGGACAAGCAUGGCAAGAUUUAAUUAAACUUUCUAGUUCAUCAUCAAUCCUGAUAUCUGAGCUGUUAUCCCAGAAAGAAGAGCUGAGCUUGUAUGAGGACUUGGCAGGGGCUUGGGUUUCUGCAAAACAUGGAUGGCUGAGGACGCGCCCAUUUGGCAUGGAUUUGGUGAAUGCUCUUGGAGGCCAAAAGCUCUUCACCUAUUGUGCAUAUGAUUUGUUAUUUCUACAUUUUGGUACCUCUAGUGAAAUUCUGGACCAUCUGGGUGAGGGCAAUAUAGGUCGUGUAGGACGCAGGCAUUUAAGUUCUAUACCUGCGUCUACAUUCUGUGACUUGGCAACUUCAUCAGUUAUUCUUUCAAGUGAAAUAGCAAGUGGAGUAUCAAUUGGUGAUGAAUCACUUGUAUAUGAUUCAACCCUUUCCAGUGGAGUACAAAUAGGUUCCAGAUGUGUGGUUGUAGGAGUUCAUGUAGACCAGGACAUUAAAUCACGAUCAAACAGCAAUAGUCCUUUACUUGUGCUUCCUGACCGUCAUUGCAUUUGGGAGGUGCCAUUGAUGGAUAAUGCAUAUGGAGUCAUUCUUUGCUGUGGCCUUGAGGACAAUCCAAAAUCAUCGUUUCAUAAAGGUGGUACCUUCUGUGGGAAGCAAUGGGAAAAACUUCUCUCUGAACUGGGUAUUCAAGAAAGUGAUUUAUGGAAUCAAUCACAGAAGCAGCAAAGAUAUUUAUGGAAUGCAAAGCUUUUCCCAGUUGUGACACAGGUUGAAGGUCUGAAAUUAGCUAUGUGGCUUAUGGGAUUUUACUCAGAUAAAAAAGCGAGUAUAUUGCAUUUAUGGAAAAAUUCUCACAGGGUAAGUUUAGAAGAAAUGCACCGCAGUAUUGAUUAUCAACGGCUAUGUGCAGAAUCCAGUAAUCAUCGAGCAAAACUUGCGGCUGGAAUUGCUAGAGCUUCCAUUAGCUAUGGGUUGCUUGGCCGUAAUCUGUCUAGGCUUUGUGCAGAGAUUCUUGAGGGAGAAAACUGCGGUACUGAUAUUUGCAAGAACUUUUUGGUUGUGUGUCCAAGUCCACAGAAGGGCAAUUUGCUGAAUUUACCACAAAGCAGAGCAUAUCAAGCUCAGGUUGAUCUUUGUAGAGCCUGUGGGCAAGAUGAAAGUGCAAAUGUGAUUGAAGAAAAUGUAUGGGCAGCAGUGGCUGCUGAAACGGCUGCAGCUAUCAAACAAGGAUUUGAAGAUCAGAUCUCAAAUUCUUGGAAUAAUAGAGCUUCACAAAUAUGUAAUGGAAAUGAACAUCACAUCCUGCCCAGCCAGCCGCUCCAGUCAAAAUGUGCAAGAGUGGAGUUACCGGUUCGUGUUGAUUUUGUUGGUGGUUGGAGUGACACUCCACCAUGGAGCCUAGAGCGAAUUGGGUGUGUUCUGAAUAUGGCAAUUCAUUUAGAAGGAACUCUUCCAGUUGGUGCAGAAAUAGUUUUAAAAGCAGGAACUGGAAUUCUAUUUCGCGAUGAUGCAGGAAAUCAAUUGCAUAUCGAGGAUCCCAGGUCAUUUACUCCACCAUAUUGUGAGAAAGAUCAAUUUCGCUUGGUUAAAGCAGCACUCAAUGUGACUGGUCUUGUCAGUCAAUGGGAUCAAACCAUGUUAUCAAUGCGACUUGAAAUAAGCACAUGGGCAAAGGUUCCACGAGGGAGUGGGCUGGGAACAUCAAGUAUCCUGGCUGCAGCUGUUGUUAAGGGACUUCUACAUGUCAUGGGUGGAGAUGAGAGCAAAGAAAAUGUUGCAAGGCUUGUUUUGGUCUUAGAGCAGUUGAUGGGUACAGGUGGAGGCUGGCAAGAUCAGAUUGGGGGUCUUUAUCCUGGUAUUAAAUGUACAACAAGCUUACCUGGCCAACCCUUGCGACUCAAUGUAGAAACUCUUUCACUCAAUUCUCAACUACUUUUGGAGCUUGAACAGCGCAUGCUGGUAGUCUUCACUGGGCAGGUUCGGCUUGCUCAUCAAGUCCUUCAGAAAGUUGUGGUUCGAUAUCUUCAGCGUGAUGCCUGCUUGAUAACAAGCAUUAAGCAACUAUCAAAGCUUUCCCGAAUUGGACGGGAAUCUUUGAUGACUGGUAAUCUGGAUGAUUUAGGUAGAAUCAUGCUUGAAGCAUGGAGACUACACCAAGAGCUUGACCCUUAUUGUAGCAAUGAGUUUGUGGAUAGGCUAUUUGCAUAUGUCAACCCAUUUUGUUGUGGUUACAAGCUUGUUGGAGCAGGUGGAGGUGGCUUUGCUCUACUGCUAGCCAAAAAUAGAGAAGCUGCAAAUGAUUUAAGAGCUUUGUUGGAAGCUUCAAUCUUUCCUGUAAAAAUAUACAACUGGAGUGUAUGUUUGGAGCAGUUUUCAGAUCAUUCUUAGAAGUUGCAGAAUAUGUGACAUGUCAUCUGUAUUAUUUACAACCCAUGCUCCAGAGUCACGAAUUUGAUGUCAUUAUUUUAUAACCUUCUCUUAUAUAUAAUUCUUUGUGUAGUUAUCAAGAAUCUUCUUGUGGAUUUUGUGCCUUUGUUUACAAAUAUCAGUAUUUGUAUGAUAUUUAAACAACUGACAUAAUUUAGGACAAAA